AGAAACAAUGGCGCUCCAUCAAAACAUCCAUGUUCUCAUGGCCACACCAGCCGUACAUAGCCAUCUAAACCCCAUGCUCAAGUUAGCCAAAUGCCUCAUCACAAAAGGCAUUCACGUUACCAUCGCCACCACCGAGCCAGCCCGCCACAGCAUGCUCAAACACACUACAACCGCCGAUGCCAACGCUACCAACCCGUCAAUCCAAUUCGAGUUCUUCUCCGACGGACUCGACCUCGACUUCGACCGUCACAGUAACUACGACUAUUGGAUCGACGUCGUAAGAACCAAAGGCUGCAAAAACUUAUCAGACCUCAUUGUCAAAUUAUCCCAACGCACAAAAUUCUCUUGCCUAAUCCUCCACCAAUUCAAUCCUUUUUUCAUACCCGUCGCCAAACAAAACAACCUCCCUUGCGUUGUGCUUUGGAUCCAUCCUUGUGCCCUCUACUCUAUCUAUUACCAUUUCUUCAACAAACUCGACGAUUUCACCAUUUUACAAAACCCGAACGAGGCUCUCCGAUUACCCGGUUUGCCGUUACUCGACUUCGACGACCUCCCUUCCUUCAUCCUCCCCAAGGCUCAUCCCAGCCUCCAAAAACUCAUCUCUGAUUUUUUCACCUUUUUGGGCGACGUGAAGUGGAUUCUUGGGGAUUCCUUUUACGAGCUGGAGGAGGAGGUUUUGGAGUCCAUGAGCGGGGUUGUUCGGCCGAUGGUUUUUCCGAUCGGGCCGUUGGUGUCGCCGUUUUUAUUGGGGAAGGAGGAGGAGGAGAAGAAGGAAGAGAGGGACUAUGGGUUGAGCGUAGACAUGUGGGUGGCGGAUGAUUCUUGCUUGCAAUGGCUCGAUGGGCAGGAUUUAGGGUCGGUUGUUUAUGUGUCGUUUGGGAGUCUUAUUGUUUUGUCUCAGGAGAAAAUUGACAAUAUUGCUAACGGGUUGUGGAUGAGUGGGAAGCCAUUUCUUUGGGUGUUAAAGCGACCGUCGCCGGAGGAGUCUACUGUUCGACUACCGGAUGGGUUUCUCGAGGCUACUAGCGGGAGAAGGCUCGUCGUGAAUUGGUGCCCUCAAGAACAGGUUCUCAAGCACAAAGCGGUUGGUUGCUUCCUAACUCAUUGUGGGUGGAGCUCAACGCUAGAGACGGUGGUUGCCGGAGUUCCAGUGAUAGCACUUCCGGAGUGGACGGAUCAACCUACGAAUGCCAAAUUGUUGACGGAUGUUUUCAAGAUGGGUGUGAGGAUGAGGAAGGGAGAUGGUGGAAUUGUUAGUUCAAAAGAGGUGGAGAGAUGCAUAUGGGAGAUGACCGAUGGCCCGAACGCGACGGCAAUGGCGAAAAGGGCGGCUGAGCUGAUGGAGGCGGGCAAAAGAGCGGUGGAGGACGGUGGUUCUUCUCACCGGAAUCUUGAUCUGUUUAUAGCUGACAUUGUUGGCAAAAAUGUGACGGCGGAAGUGCAUGCAAACGCUGAGAUUGCAUGAACAUGCAUUUUUUUUUCUUUUUUUUGCGAAAUAA